AUGCUGCAGGGUAACAUUAACAAUGAGGGUAACAUUAACAAUGAGGGUGUUGCAGGUUCACAGUCUCAGAGAAACAUAGUUUCCUUAGUCUACAUUGCCCUGUGCUUAGCAAUUCGAAAGAUUCACAUCAUAAUAAAAAAGGCACGGCAGUCAGAUACAUCGAAAGCAGAAGAGGUGGCUGAUGAAAUCAGAGCUAUUGAAAGUUCAAUGCAACUUACUGAGCCCUAUAAGCUGCCUUCUCUUGGCCCCAGUUCUCAUUCAAUACCCCCUUCACUGGGGCUAUCUGCGUGUAGUAUCUUAUCACAGUUUAAUGCUUUCAAAAGCUUCUUGGAAAAGUCUACAAAAUUAUCUGAAGAAUGUAAAUUUAGCAAAGAAAUAGAUGAAGCAAAGAUUGUUGCACCAUUACCUAUUACAGGAAAUGAUACAUCUGCAGUUGGCAUCAACAUGAAUGGGUUGCUAGUACAAAGAGCACCAUACACAUUGACUUCUGUUAUGCCUACAAUAAUGAGAAGUACAUGGAACACUGCUGAUCCUUCCUCCGACCAUCUAUUUUGGAGCAACUUCAUCUUGCCAUCGAGUCAACCUGUUACAAUGUCGACAAUAACAUCAACAACGUUUGCAAAGAAUGAGGUGCGUUCAAGUGACCCAUUCAAGAACCAGGAGUGACCCGGUAUGAACUUACCAAGUAGCCAGGAUAUUUUAGCUGGUUUGAUGACAGCAUCGCUCACCUCCAGU